GAAAAGAUCACCAAAAAAAAAAAAAAAAAAAAAAGAAUUACUGGCAUGCCCACGUCAGCAAUCUCGCCUCGAUCAUUCCGAUUACUUCCGUGCUUCACUGUCUUACCAUAAACCCCAUUUGUUAUCUCACAGAGCUACACACACACAUACAUACAUAUAGAUACAUAUAGAUACAGAGCGAGAGUGAAAAGAUGGGUUCUUUGAUGACAGAGAACAAAAUGGAGAAAGAAGAAGAAUCCGAAUCAAAGGAACCGAUUCUGUACGUUAAUGGCGUCCGUAGAGUUUUGCCUGAUGGGUUGGCCCACUUAACUCUUCUCGAGUAUCUCAGAGAUAUAGGGCUGACUGGGACAAAACUUGGCUGUGGCGAGGGAGGUUGUGGGGCGUGCACUGUGAUGAUUUCUUCUUUCGACCAAAAGUCGAAGAGAUGUGUGCAUCUUGCGGUCAAUGCAUGCUUGGCUCCUUUGUAUUCAGUCGAAGGAAUGCACGUUAUUACAGUCGAGGGCGUCGGUAAUCGUAGAAAUGGCUUGCAUCCAAUUCAGGAAUCAUUGGCUAAAUCACACGGCUCACAAUGCGGUUUUUGCACUCCUGGUUUUAUAAUGUCAAUGUACGCCUUACUGAGAUCGUGUAAAAAACCACCCACUAAGGAAGAUAUUGAAGAAAGCCUCGCUGGAAAUUUAUGUAGAUGCACAGGUUAUCGACCAAUAGUCGAUGCAUUUCGUGUAUUUGCUAGAACAGACGAUGCCCUUUACACCAAAAAUGAAUCUUCAGCCCUUUCGACCAAUGAAUUCGUUUGUCCUUCAACCGGUAAGCCAUGUUCUUGUGGGAUGAAUAUCAAGGACGAAAAUGAAAAUAAAGAAAUCUCGUGUGGCGAAAAUUUGAAGCCGAUUUCAAACAGUGAUAUCAAUGGAGCUGCAUACACAGAGAAAGAGCUUAUUUUUCCUCCGGAACUUCUGUUAAGGAAACUAACGAAUUUGUUCCUAAACGGGUCAAACGGGCUUAAGUGGCAUCGUCCGUUAAAUCUCCGGCAUGUUUUCGAUAUAAAGUCCAAAUAUCCAUCUGCUAAAUUAGUUGUAGGUAACACAGAGGUGGGAAUUGAGACGAGGCUAAAGAAUUUCAAUUAUCCAGUUCUUAUACAUGUCGCUCACGUGCCAGAACUUAAUGAAUUGAUUGUAAAAGACGAAGGCUUGGAAAUCGGUGCGGCGGUUAAACUUUCGGAGCUAGUUAAAGUACUUAAAACAGCUGUGGAGAAUCGCGCCCCUCAUCAAACCUCGUCAUGUAGAGCCAUACUCGAACAGUUGAAAUGGUUUGCCGGUACGCAGAUACGAAAUAUCGCGUCUAUAGGUGGGAAUAUAUGCACUGCAAGUCCUAUAUCGGAUUUAAAUCCAAUACUGAUGGCUGCUGGAGCAAUAUUUCGAAUAUCCGACAAUAAGGGGAGUUUAAGAACAUGUGCAGCUGAAAAGUUUUUUCUAGGGUAUCGUAAAGUAGAUCUUGAAAGUAAUGAGAUCCUUUUAUCGGUUUUUCUGCCUUGGAAUUCAAGAUACGAGUUUGUGAAGGAAUUUAAACAGGCCCAUAGGAGAGACGAUGAUAUUGCUAUAGUCAAUGCUGGAAUGCGUGUUUGUUUCGAAGAGAGGGAUAAAAAAUGGGUUGUUUCCGAUACUUCGAUUGUUUAUGGUGGAGUUGCUCCUUGUUCUGUUUCUGUUAGUGAAACAAAGAAAUUUUUGAUGGGGAAAAGUUGGAGCAAAGAGGUGUUGGAGGGUGCUUUGGGAGUACUCGAGAAGGAAGUUGUAAUGAAGGAAGAUGCACCUGGAGGAAUGGUGGAGUUUCGUAAAUCGUUAAUAUCAAGUUUUUUCUUUAAAUUCUUUUUGUGGGUUUGUGACCAAAUGGAAGGAAUCGAAUUAUUUGACGAAAAAGUGCCGAUUUCUCAUAUUUCGGCGAUAAAACCGUUUCAUCAUCCUUCGGUUAUGGGAAAUCAAGAGUACGAAAUUGUUAAGCAUGGGAGUUCUGUUGGAGCCCCUGAAGUUCAUCUUUCUGCAAGACUUCAGGUUACAGGUGAGGCGGAAUAUACAGAUGAUGUUGCGAUGCCUCCAAACGGAUUACAUGCUGCACUGAUAUUGAGUAAAAAGCCUCAUGCUCGUAUACUUGAGAUAGACGAUACGGAAGCAAAAAAUUCUCUUGGAUUCGAAGGAAUAUUCUUUGCUAGGAAUGUUCCCGGGGAGAAUAUGAUUGGGCCGAUUGUUAAAGAUGAGGAGCUUUUUGCUUCGGAAAUUGUUACUUGUGUUGGUCAGGUUAUUGGGGUGGUUGUGGCAGAUACGCACGAAAACGCCAAGCGUUGUGCUCGAAAAGUUAACAUUAAGUACGAAGAACUGCCAGCUGUCUUAUCCAUAAAAGAUGCUAUCGAGUGUAAUAGUUUCCACCCCAAUACCGAAAAGUAUAUGAGAAAAGGUGACGUGGAUCUCUGUUUGUCAAAGCAGUGUGAUAAGAUUAUCGAGGGAGAGGUUCAUGUUGGGGGUCAAGAGCAUUUCUAUUUGGAGCCAAACAGCACCUUAAUUUGGACGACUGAUGGUGGAAAUGAAGUUCAUAUGAUCUCGUCUACUCAAGCUCCUCAAAAGCACCAAAAAUACGUUUCGCAUGUUCUUGGUCUUCCCAUGUCGAAAGUGGUGUGCAGGACCAAAAGAAUAGGCGGUGGAUUUGGAGGGAAAGAAACGAGGUCUGCUUUUUUUGCAGCUGUGGCAGCUGUUCCGUCAUAUUUACUGAAUCGCCCUGUAAAACUUACGCUAGACAGAGAUGUUGACAUGAUGGUAACUGGACAACGUCAUAGCUUUCUUGGAAAGUAUAAGGUUGGUAUCACAAACGAAGGAAAAAUACUUGCAUUGGAUCUUGAAAUCUUCAACAAUGCUGGAAACUCACUCGACCUUUCACUUGCGGUGCUCGAACGAUCCAUGUUCCAUUCGGACAAUGUAUACGAGAUUCCAAAUGUUAGGAUCAAAGGGAAGGUCUGCUUCACUAAUUUUCCUAGUAACACUGCUUUUCGAGGAUUUGGUGGGCCCCAGGGUAUGCUAAUUGCUGAAAAUUGGAUUCAAAGAAUUGCCGUGGAAGUUAAGAAAAGCCCAGAAGAAAUCAGGGAGAUGAAUUGACAGAGAGAGGGAUCGGUGUUGCCUUAUGGUCAACGAAUUGAAAAUGUCACUUUGAAUCGACUUUGGGAUGAACUGAAGACAUCGUGUGACUUUUCUGCUGCUCGUGAAGAAGUCGACCAAUUUAAUCUUUGUAAUAGAUGGAAAAAACGGGGGAUCGCUAUUAUUCCGACGAAAUUUGGCAUCUCUUUUACUGCCAAGUUUAUGAAUCAGGCUGGUGCACUUGUUCAAGUCUACACAGAUGGAACUGUAUUAGUGACACACGGUGGUGUUGAGAUGGGGCAAGGUUUGCAUACGAAAAUGGCACAAGUUGCUGCUUCUGUUUUCAACAUUCCGCUCAACUCUGUUUUUAUAUCGGAGACGAGUACUGAUAAGGUUCCAAAUGCGUCACCCACAGCAGCUUCCGCGAGUUCUGAUAUAUACGGUGCAGCAGUUUUAGAUGCAUGCGAGCAAAUAAAAACACGAAUGGAGCCUAUCACAUCGAAGCAUAAUUUUGGCUCAUUUGCUGAGCUUGCAAAUGCGUGCUAUAUGGAACGGAUAGACCUUUCGGCUCAUGGAUUUUAUAAAACGCCCGAUAUAGGCUUUGAUUGGGAAACUUGUCAAGGAAAUCCGUUUAGGUAUUUCACUUACGGAGCUGCAUUUGCUGAAGUAGAAAUCGACACAUUGACUGGAGAUUUCCACACGAGGCAAGCCGAUGUUAUUCUCGAUCUUGGAUUUUCGCUCAAUCCAGCAAUUGAUGUUGGACAGGUUCGUUUUUUUUUCUUUUUUCCUUUUUACCGAAAUUCUUGCAUGUCUGAUAAAAUUAACUGUUCUCAAAAGUCCAUUUUAACUGCUAAUUAUCGAAUGGGAAAGUAAUAAACUUUCUGAUA